AUGGCGUCCUCCGAUCGCAAACCAUUCCCUUUUAAGAUCCUGCAACUAGAAAAUGAGAUUCAGAAGAACGUGGCCCAGAACUUCCGAGGAUUCCCAAAUGGACUAGCGUCAUGCAACCACUGGGGCCACAAGCUGUCGGCUACCGUCACAGAGGCCGAGCUGGAGGACCUGUACAACUACCCGCUGGACCCGCGGGACGUCUGGGUGGUGACGCCACCCAAGUGUGGCACUACCUGGACCCAGGAGAUGGUGUGGCUCAUCGCCAACGAUCUGGACUACGAGGGAGCCAAGACGCCUCUUAUGCCCGACAGGUGGAACUACAUCGAGUUUGCUGCCCUUGUAGACAAGGAUAUCAUUGGGCGCUUCCUACCGUUAUCCGCCAAUGGCGGUCUCCAAGACACGACCGCGUUGACCGGUGACCCCAACCGUCCGUCUCCACGUUUCAUCAAGACACACUUGCCGAUGUGCAUGAACAACCCGCGCCUUCUCGACGUCUGCAAGGUCGUCUACGUGGCCAGAAACCCAAAGGACAUCUGCGUUUCUUACUACCAUCACUGCAAACUCUUCCAGUGCCACGAUUUCACGGGAGACCUGGAGCUGUUCGUGGAGAAUAUGAUAAAUGGCAGCAUAAUGGAGAGUAAGGUGAUCGACCAUAUGAUUGAGGCAUGGAACCUGCGUCAUCAUCCCAACAUGUGCUUCCUGUUCUUCGAGGACAUGAAGCAUGAUCUGAAGACAGAGAUCCGCAGGGUGGCCAAGUUCCUCGGCAAGUCAUACUCGGACGAACAGGUGGAGAAGCUGGCCCAUCACCUGCACAUCGACAACUUCAAAAACAAUCCUUACGUGAACAGAGAGGACCUUAAGGGGAAAGGUCUGAUGCACGCGGACCAGGGCAACUUUGUCCGAAAGGGCAAAACAGGCGAUUGGAAGAACUACUUCACUCCGGAGAUGAAUGCCAAGGUUGAGCGCUGGAUGGCCGACAAGAUGAGGGGAACUGAUCUGCGGUUCGUGCAGGAGCUGGACCGGCAGGACUGAUGUCGGACGGCCACCAGGUGCCGGCGAUGGCUCGGGCGGAACCACAGGCCCGGUCCGGUCAGGUGCCGU